AUGUCUUUCUUUGGGAGUACGGCCUCCUCCACUGUGGGGGCGGCUGCAAACACUUCAGCUACUGCAGAAAAGGAUAUUGAAGUUGCUGAACCCCCUUCGGACUCCAUUUCGUCCUUGUCCUUCUCCAGCCAAGCAGACUACUUGGCUGUUGGAAGCUGGGAUAACAGUGUUCGAAUCUACGAAGUUGGCGCUAAUGGCCAGACUCAAGGGAAGGCAAUGUAUCAACAUCAAGGCCCUGUACUGGACGUUUGCUGGAACAAGGAGGGAAACAAGAUCUUUUCUGGAGGGGCAGACAAUGCCGGACGUAUGUUUGACGUGACCACUGGCCAAGCCACGCAGGUUGCCCAACACGAUGCUCCGAUAAAAGUAAUUUCCUGGGUUGAUGUCCCAGGGGCGGGUAUUCUAGCAACAGGAAGUUGGGAUAAAACUAUCAAGUAUUGGGAUCUACGUACCCCCAACCCUGUUGCGACUGUCACCCUUCCAGAACGAUGCUACACUUUUGACAUUCAAUACCCUCUGAUGGUCGUUGGCACAGCAGAACGUCAUAUCCAGAUUUUCAAUCUUUCCAACCCAAACACUGCGUAUAAGACUAUUCAGUCUCCUUUGAAAUGGCAAACACGUGUUGUAUCGUGCUUCACCACCUCUCCUGCCAACAGCGGCUUCGCCGUUGGAAGUGUAGAAGGUCGCGUUGCUAUUCAAUACGUUGAGGAUAAGGAUGUGCAGAGCAACUUUUCUUUCAAGUGUCACCGCCGCGACUCUACCCCAAACGCAAAAGACCAGGCACUCGUCUACGCCGUUAACGAUAUCUCCUUCCACCCAGUUCAUGGAACAUUUUCCACUUGUGGAUCUGACGGUACCAUCCACUUCUGGGAUAAGGACGCCCGUACCCGUCUAAAGACAUUCGAUGCUGCUCCGGGUCCUAUCUCUUCCACGACCUUCAACAGAAACGGUAACAUCUUUGCCUACGCCGUUUCCUACGACUGGUCUAAGGGCCACUCGGGCAUGACUCCUGGGGCCCCUAACAAAAUUAUGUUGCAUUCAUGCAAAGAUGAGGAAGUUAGGAAGAGAGCCGCUCGUAAAUAG